AUGGGCUCCCAGAGGAUGUUCAGCCUCCCCUUGGGGCUCCUGCUUGGCUCUGUGCUCCUGGCGGCUUCGGCCCCAGCCACACCAGAGCCCCACAGCUGCAGCGGCAAAGAACAGCAGGUGACCCUCAGCCACACCUACAAGAUCGACGUGCCCAAGUCAGCCCUGGUCCAGGUGGAGGCUGACCCUCAGCCUCUCAGUGAUGAAGGGACUUCCCUGUUGGCCCUGGGGGAGGCUGGGGAGGAACAGAACAUCAUCUUCAGGCACAAUAUCCGCCUUCAGACGCCACAGAAGGACUGUGAGUUGGCGGACAGUGUCCAGGACCUCCUGGCCCGGGUGAAGAAGCUGGAGGAGGAGAUGGCAGAGAUGAAGGAACGGUGCAGUCCCCAGCACUGCUGCCAAGGAGCUUCUGACCUGAGUCGCCAUUGCAGCGGCCACGGCACCUUCUCCCUAGAGACCUGCACCUGCCGCUGCGACCAAGGCUGGGAAGGCUCAGACUGUGAGCGGCCUUCCUGCCCCGGAGCGUGCAGCGGCCACGGGCGCUGUGAGGACGGGCGCUGCCUGUGCGAUGCGCCCUAUGUGGGCGCCGACUGUGCCUACUCCGCCUGCCCCGAGAACUGCAGCGGGCACGGCGUCUGCGUGCAGGGCGUCUGCCAGUGCUACGAGGACUUCACGUCGGAAGACUGCAGCGAGCGGCGCUGUCCUGGCGACUGCAGCGGCCAUGGCUUCUGCGACACGGGCGAGUGUUACUGCGAGGAGGGCUUCGUUGGCCCCGACUGCGCGCAGGUGAUUGCCCCCCAGGGCCUGCAGCUACUCAAGAGCACGGAGAGUUCCCUGCUGGUGAGCUGGGAACCCACCAGCCAAGUGGACCACUACCUUCUCAGCUACUAUCCCCUGGGAAAGGAGCUCUUGGCGAAGCAGCUCCAAGUGCCCAAGGAGCAGCACAGCUAUGAGAUUCCUGGUCUGCAGCCCGGAACCAAGUACAUCGUCACCCUGCGUAACGUGAAGAAAGAUGUGUCCAGCAACCCCCAGCACCUCCUUGCUGCCACAGAUCCUGCUGUGCUUGGCACUGCUUGGGUCACAGAAGAGACAGAGACCUCACUGGACGUGGAGUGGGAGAACCCGUUGACUGAGGUGGACUACUACAAGCUGCAGUACGGCCCCUUGACAGGGCACGAGGUGGAUGAGGUCACCGUGCCCAAGAGCAGUGAGCCCAAGAGCCGAUAUGACAUCACCGGUCUGCAGCCUGGGACAGAGUAUAAGAUUACAGUGAUUCCUGUGAGAGGCGACCUGGAGGGCAAGCCCAUUCUCCUGAGCGGCAGGACAGAAAUUGAUGGUCCAACCAAUGUGGUCACUGACAGAGUGACGGAGGACACGGCAGCUGUCUCCUGGGACCCCGUGAAGGCCGACAUAGACAAGUACAUGGUGCGCUAUGUCUCCCCUGAAGGGGAGAGCAAGGAGACGGCCGUACCCAAGGACCAGAGCAGCACCGUUCUGCAGGGCCUGAAGCCGGGAGAGCAGUACAAAAUCUACGUAUGGGCUGAGAAGGGCAGCCAAGGGAGCAGGAAAGCCGACACCAAGGCCUUAACAGAAAUCGACAGCCCCACAAACCUGGUGACUGACCGGGUGACAGAGGACACAGCCGCCAUCUCCUGGGACCCGGUGCAGGCUGACAUUGACAAGUAUGUGGUGCGCUACACCUCUGCCGACGGAGAGAGCAAGGAGAUGCCUGUGGGCAAGGAACAGAGCAGCGCCAUCCUGACGGGCCUGAGGCCAGGCGUGGAGUAUAAGGUCUAUGUGUGGGCCCAGAAAGGGGACCAGGAGAGCAAGAAGGCUGACACCAAGGCCCCAACAGACAUCGACAGCCCUAAAAACCUGGUGGUUAGCCAGGUGACAGAGGACACAGCCACCAUCUCCUGGGACCCGGUGCAGGCUGACAUCGACAAGUACAUAGUGCACUACACCUCUGCCGACGGAGAGACCAAAGAGUUUUCUGUGGGGAACAAGACCAGCACGACCCUGACGGGGCUGAGGCCAGGUGUGGAGUACACAGUCCAUGUGCGGGCCCAGAAGGGAUCCCAGGAGAGCAAGAAGGCCAACACCAAGGCCCCGACAGAUAUUGACAGCCCCAAAAACCUGGUGGUUAGCCAUGUGUCAGAGGACACGGCCACCAUCUCCUGGGACCCAGUGCAGGCUGACAUCGACAAGUACAUAGUGCACUACACCUCUGCUGAUGGAGAGACCAAGGAAUUUCCUGUGGGGAAGAAGACCAGCACGACCCUGACGGGGCUGAGGCCAGGUGUGGAGUACACAGUCCACGUGUGGGCCCAGAAGGGAUCCCAGGAGAGCAAGAAGGCCAACACCAAGGCCCCGACAGAUAUUGACAGUCCCAAAAACCUGGUGGUUAGCCAGGUGACAGAGAACACGGCCACCAUCUCCUGGGACCCAGUGCAGGCUGACAUCGACAGGUAUAUGGUGCACUACACCUCUGCCGACGGAGAGACCAAGGAAUUUCUGGUGAAAAAGGAGAAGACCAGCACGACCCUGACGGGGCUGAGGCCAGGUGUGGAGUACACAGUCCACGUGUGGGCCCAGAAGGGGUCCCAGGAGAGCAAGAAGGCCAACACCAAGGCCCCGACAGAUAUUGACAGUCCCAAAAACCUGGUGGUUAGCCAGGUGACAGAGAACACAGCCACCAUCUCCUGGGACCCAGUGCAGGCUGACAUCGACAGGUAUAUGGUGCACUACACCUCUGCCGACGGAGAGACCAGAAAGUUUCCUGUGGGGAAGAAGACCAGCACGACCCUGACGGGGCUGAGGCCAGGUGUGGAGUACACAGUUCACGUGUGGGCCCAGAAGGGGUCCCAGGAGAGCAAGAAGGCCAACACCAAGGCCCUGACAGAAAUUGACAGCCCCAAAAACCUAGUGACCAACAGGGUGACAGAGAACACGGCCACCAUCUCCUGGGAUCCUGUGCGAGCCAACAUUGACAAGUAUGUGGUGCGCUACACCUCUGCUGAUGGGGAGAGCAAGGAGAUGCCUGUGGGCAAGGAGCGGAGCAGCACCAUCCUGACGGGCCUGAGGCCAGGCGUGGAGUAUAAGGUCUAUGUGUGGGCACAGAAGGGGACCCAGGAGAGCAAGAAGGCUGACACCAAGGCCUUGACAGAAAUUGACCCUCCCAAAAACUUUCAUUCAUUUGGCGUAACUCAGUCUGGUGGUGUGUUGAGCUGGUUGCCUCCUUUUGCUGAGAUCGAUGGCUACAUACUGACCUAUGAACUCCCUAAUGGCAUGGUGAAGGAGGUACAGCUCCGAAGAGGUGAGCAGAGUUUUGAGCUGCAAGACCUGGAGCACGGUGUAACCUACCCUUUCUCCUUGGUCGCCUUCAGGGGUCAUCGCCGAAGCAAGACGGUCUCCACCAUCCUCUCCACAGUUAAACCCGUCUUCCCACACCCUUCGGACUGCACUCAGGUUCAGCAGAACAGCAAUGCUUCCAGUGGCCUGUACACCAUCUACCUCAACAGUGACCCCAAACAGCCCAUGCAGGUGUACUGCGACAUGGAGACAGAUGGAGGCGGCUGGAUAGUCUUCCAGAGGCGGAACACAGGGCAGCUGGAUUUCUUCAAGCGUUGGCGGAGCUACGUGGAAGGCUUUGGGGACCCCAUGCAGGAGUUUUGGAUUGGUCUGGACAAGCUGCACAAUCUCACCACUGCCACCCCGACCCGGUAUGAGGUGCGAGUUGACUUGGAGACGUUCAAUGAAUCUGCCUACGCCGUGUAUGACUUCUUCCAAGUGGGCUCCAGCAAGGAGCGCUACAAGCUGACAGUUGGCAAGUACAACGGCACAGCAGGGGACGCUCUUUCUUACCACAAUGGAUGGAAGUUUACAACUUUUGACAAAGACAAUGAUAUUGCCCUCAGCAACUGUGCCCUGACUCAUCAUGGCGGCUGGUGGUACAAGAACUGCCACUUGGCCAACCCCAAUGGCAAAUACGGGGAGUCCAAGCACAGUGAGGGGGUGAACUGGGAGCCAUGGAAAGGACAUGAGUUCUCCAUUCCUUACGUGGAGCUGAAAAUCCGCCCGCAAGGCUACAAACCGAAGAGUGACAGCCGGAAGAGCGGCCAGGGCAGGAAGAAGCUGGCGCCUGGAGGAGGCAGAAUGUUCUGA